AUGAUCCUUCCCAAGUUCCACUGCUUUCUCGGCCUCGGUCUACUGCUCCUAGGUGCCGGGACUGCUGCGCCAGCCGAGAGCGUCAAGGUCUGGGUUGACACCGAGACCUGCGGCAAAUAUGAUGGGCUUCAAGAUGCCAUCAGGAAGGCGUUCGACAGAGUGUCGAUCAGAGCGUACUACGCUCGCAACGCGAUGUAUUGCAGGGAUUGCGCCCCUGUCGAGGCCACAGUACGAAACAUACUAGGCACUGACGAUCUUGAUAAGCGGGUAUCCAAUGUGCAAAGCACCCUCAAGCUUGUUGAGGAGCUUGCGGGUAAGGAGUUCAGCAAGGCGAAAUCGAGAGAAGACUGGAGUAAAGUCGCGAUGCCAAACGAUAUCACCAUCUACUGCAGUCUCGAUCAUCUACAAGAUUACAACGCGAUCGAAGAAACACUAGAAGACAAGGCACUGAGACGCAUCUGCCCCAAGUCCAGCGACCCGCUGGCCUUCGAGGCCAGGAAACCAGGCACGAGAAUCGCGAUGAUAACAGGCAGCCACGUCCCCUGCGUGAAGGAGAGGCGCCUAUCAGGCUUUGAUACGGCACCCGAGUACAUCGCUUUCACGGAUACCUACCGCAACACCCUGCAUGACCAGCCCAACUGGGGCCUCCUGGCCAGCGAUGCGUACGACUCCCACCACGCAGGUGAUGCCGAUUGGGUCGAGGCCCAGCUGCGGAAGAUGGCGGGCGAUGAUUACGACAGGUUGAAGGACACAUUGACUCCGAUGGACACCCUUUCAUCGCUUGAGCAUCUCAUCUUCCACGAGCUGAUGCACACGGCUGCUUGUGGUCACCUGGUACACGGCCGUUAUGAUGCAGCUUUGUGGAAGGUCAUCACCAACCUGAAAAUAACAAAGAUAGAUCCGUCGAAGAACAAUGAGGCUAUAGCGUUGCUGGCGCAUGCCCUGGAGAUGAUGACGAGACUCGAGUACCGGACCAGCAGCGAGGGAUACGUCUUCGAGGAGGACUCGAGGGUAGGCAUACCUGACUAUAUCCCUCCGCCCGCCGGACUGAGCUGGGAUUAG